AUGUGCCCAAUAUGUUUGAGAGAAGAGGAAUCUGUCAUGCAUGCCAUAUGGGAAUGCCCAGCUGCUACUGAUGUUUGGGCUGAGCAAGGCAGUCCUGUACAGAAGUGGAGUGUAGGGGUGAAGAGUUUCUACCAACUGUGGGAGGAGGUGCAUAGUAAACUCACAGCAGAAAAUGUAGAAAAAAUGGUUUUUAUUUUGAGGAACAUAUGGUAUAGAAGGAAUAUGGUGGUUUUUGAUAAUAAAUUCUUGAACCCGGCUAGCAUUGUACAAAUGUCUUUAUCAGGUUAUGAAGAUUUAAAACUGGCUCGAGAAAGGAAGGGGGAAGAUGCUUUUCAGGCUGAUGAUAAUGCUAGUACUAGUAGAGGCAGGGGAUGGAAGAAACCAGAAGGCCAGCUGCUUAAAAGAUUGCAGAGGGGAGGUUUAUGCUGCAGCAUGUCUUACAAGAGAGGCGAGCUAUGGGCCUUUAGGGCUGAAUGUAUUGCUACGUGGGAAGCUAUGGUUCUUUGUGAAGAAUUGGGUUUAGGUGAGGUCAUCUUUGAAGGUGAUGCAAAGAGUGUCAUUGAUGCAGUGAGCAGUGGUGAGAAGGAUGACUCUAGCUACGGUCACUUGGUUGAGAAUUUGCAGUAG